GGCGACGAGCGCCAUCCCGGCCUGUCCCAUACUCCCAUCCCUGUUCUGUUCCCCAGAACUCACGCUUCCCCCGUCUUUCUCCACGCCAAUCUCCGUGAUCCCCAUCUCAAAACAAAUCUCCGUGAUCCCUCGCCAUAAUCCCCAGCCCGACCAGCCCCCUUUUCUCCCCGCCCGGCGAGGAUGCACCUGUGGCCGUCGCUCCGGAUCCGGGACUCGUUCAAGCACGCCUACCUGGAGAAGCUGGAGCUCAACCUCGCCAAUAAGAAGCACGCGCAGCGGCAGGGGCAGCAGGACCAGGGCCAACAGCAGGCGCCGCUGCUCGAGCGCUGCCCCUCGUCGAGGGGCUCGUUUGUGGCCGGAGCGCUCGAGCUCGCCUGGGACGCCGCCAUGCUCCUCACGUGCUGUUGCUGCUGUUUCUGCUGCGGCGCUUGUGGCGACGAGGAGGAAGAUCAUUUAACAGCUCGCUGACAAUCACCUCCAGAAGGCAGGGGACUCUUUAUAUCAGGAAAAGCAGAUAAUUCCUGCACCAGUAAUGACUUGAAGUCAAAGCUUCGUAGAAAUGAAUUUUUGGUUUUCCUCCGAUAUGGCGCAAAUUAAGGUGCCACCAACAGAUACAUGUACAGGAGUACUUUUCUGUAGGAAAUUUAUGUAAUAUAGGCUUCAGGACUGAUUUUUGUACUCCAUAGCUGUGUCUACAUUCUGGAUAUGGGCAGCUGUUGUCUCUGUACUGUGGUUAUGCCCACUUAUUCUCAGUUCUGCUUUGUUACAAUUCAGAGGCUGAGCGUCAUCAUCGCAUGGGCAUGUAGGGGGAGCUCCACCAGUGGAAAAUUAACGGUGGCAGCAGAUAUAACGAACACGGUGAGAGUUUGAGAGGUUUGAAAUUGGAAUGAGAUAUGUGAUACAGUAGA